AUGGCUCUGAAUGUAGAUGGAUUGAAGCGAUUACAGGAGGCCACAGAGCAGGUCUUAACUGAAACUCAAUCAAAAAUUGAUAAACUUAAUUUGAUGUUACAAGAUUACUGCUCAUUGAAGGAAAGGCUAAUCACUCUACCUGAUAAGUUAUCGUAUCAAAUCCUGGCCCCAUUUGGAAAAUUAGGCUUCAUGCACGGCCAGUUGAUCAAUACUAAUCAAAUCACAAUCCUGUUAGGAGACAAUUGGUUUGUUAGAACAUCUGCCAAACAUGCCUCUGGAAUAAUAGAGAGAAGAAUUUCAAACCUUGAAUUACAGAUUGGGGAAUUGAAGAAACAAAAAAACCUUAUAAAACCAAGGCAGCAAUUUACUUCUGAAUAUUUGCUGGAAAAUAAUGAAUGUGUCGAAAUAAAAGAGGAGUGCAAUGAUGAAGAAGACUCAAAGUGGAGAGAGAGACACAAAGAAAACCUCAGAAAAAGCAAAGAGAAACAGAUCCAUACUGGCAAAUCUACAUCAAAUACUGAAGAUGUUCAAGAAAACGAUGAAUCUAAGCUAUGGAAAAUUUUAGAAGAACUUGAAGAAAAAGAAGAUAAUUAUCUGGAGGUACCAGGAAAUGUUGAAAGUGAUGAACAAAAAAACACAGAUACACAAUCAAAUGAAGAUGACACCUUAAAGAAUGAAAACUCAGACAUAUUGCAAAAUUAUGAUGAUCUGUAUAAUGAUCUGUUCACCAACAAAAAGACAGCAGAAACUGAAAGUAGCAGUAGCCUGGGUAGAGUGAUUGCAGGUGAGGUGCAAACAAAAAAUAAAAAGUCAGUCAGCUGGGAAGAUGAAGAGAAUGAAAAAGAAAUAAAAGAUUUACACAGCACUGAAAAUUAUGAUAAUGUUGUUGCUGAUGAUGACAGUGAUGAAGACGAAGAAGAUAGUGAUGAUGCCAAUCAAAGCAUCACAGCGGCUUCACACCACUCCUCCGGAAGCACCAUUGAAACUCCUGGUGAUAUAUAUCCUCUCUACAUUAGCAAGCCUAAAUCAAUCCUUAAAAAAACGUUCAACAACGAAAAGGCAGGUGAAGAAAAUAAUGUUUGUAGCAAUGCAAACAUUAAAUUAACGAGCGAAGUCCACAAAAAAGCUCCUGCGAAAAUAGAAAAAAAUGAACAUACAGUUGACGUCGCUGGUCCAAGCAUAGAGGCUUGUUCGAGUUUUGUGGUGGAGAGAGAUGUGGCACCAAGCACAUCAAAUUCAGUAUUCAAAGACGAAAUUCCACGUAAAGACAAUAUUAGAAUUUCAAAAUUUAAAGCUAACAGACUUAAGAAAUAA